UUUUUUAUUUUCUUUAGUAAAAGAAUAACUCAACUCCGAAUUUCUUAACUAUAUUGGAAAUUCUCGAUUUUUAGCCAUUUCGUACAAAACAAUUUAACUUUUAAUUUGUGCACCCCAAGUGACCUACUGUAUGAAACUGCUUAAAUCAAGUUGAAAUUUUCUGAUGAAAGUUUUGUGUAUGAAAUAAUGUCAUAGGGAGACUCUAUGAUGCAAUUAUGAUUUAUUCUUUCUACCUUGAGACAAUGCUAAGGAUAUUGAUAUCAUUCAAAUAACUUAAGAGUAGUAAAGCUUUUUACUACAUUAAUCCUACACUAUGAGUGAAAAUAACACUACUUCAUCAGCUACAGUUAUGAGAUUAAAUGUUAGUUCUAACUCAAAUGGUAUUGUUUUCAAUGCUGCAAGUAUCAAUUCCAUUUUGAAAACAGUAAAUUUGCCGAACUCAAAUCCUGUCUCUUCAAAUUCUACCAGCAAACUCUCUUCAAAUUUGACUUGGAAUUUCAAUGAUAGCCUGAAUUCUAAGGAAACGAACAAUUUAGACACAUGUUUUCAAGCGGAAAAUCUUCAGCAGUUGAGCACCAACGUUUUACCUCCUUACAUUCCGGGUUCUCCAACAAGUGUCAUAAAUCUGGAGAGUUUUGAGUUUCAUUGUUGCACUGACUGUGGUGACACUUUUGCCCUCAAAUCUAGUUUAACCUUUCAUUUAGAAAGGCGAUCUAUACUUAUAAGAUUCCCUUGUGCUGUCUGCAAAUCUGUUAAAACUUUCUAUAAUCGAUGUAUGUUACUCUCCCAUAUUAGAUCGCACACUGAUAAAAAUAAAGCUUCAGAUAUUACAAGAGCUGUAGUUAUUCCUCUACCUCGAAUUCAAAUGGAUGGUCUACAGACUGAGUCAUCUAAUGUCCCGGAUGACGAGUUAUCAUCAUCAGCAGAAGAUAACAGCAUUCCUCCUUCUGAUCUUUUAGAAUGUUCUUUAAAUGUUCUCGAAGGUGAUGACCUCUCCUCGGAUAAAACAUCAAAUGAAGAUAGUAAAAAUGCUGUUAAGGUUAAAUGUCUCGAUUGUAAUGAAGAGUUCAACAGUACUGAAGAGAGAGCUCAGCAUUUAACCCAAGAUGACAAGAUACCAGUAAUUGUCAAUCAGUGUAAUAAGUGUAAUAUGGUUUGCCCUUCUAAGUGUUUCCUGAAAGCUCAUCAGAGGAUACAUCUUCAAAUUAGUCCUUAUGUGUGUCCAGAAUGUGGAGGAAGUCCUACUCCUGUAUGGAUAGAUUUCCAAUAUCAUGUAAAGUUUCAUUGUUUUCACAACGCUAGGGGUAUUGGUUACAAAUGCCCUGUGUGCAAACGCUUAUGCGCAACUAAUGAUGCUUUGCUUAAGCAUAUGGAAUUACACACAGAGAAGUAUGCUAAGUGCAAUUCCUGUCCAAGAGCGUAUAUGAAUGUUGGUUCUUUUAAUGCUCACAUCAAACUUUAUCAUGCUGAUGAUGAUACUUCUAAGUUGAAGUAUAAUAUGAUUUAUAAAUGCUCAUUAUGUGAUAUUGUUUUCUUAAAUCAAGAGCAAAUGCUGGCUCAUAGAUCAACUCAUCUCAAAGAACAAAUUUGUGAGUACGUAUUUAGCUGUAUGCAAUGUGGUAAACCGCAUGAAAACAAAAAGGACCUGUCUGAACAUAUUAGAACAUAUCAUCCAAAAAUUUACAAAUAUCUAGUAACUAGUAAGCAAAACAGUGAGUCUAAAAAUAAAAAUACCGAUACGAUAAAGCCAUCAUUUCUUGGUAAAAUAGAAUGUAUUUAUUGCAAUUCCAUUCUCUCCUGUUAUCAGGGAUACAAAACUCAUCUUGCCAAAGCCCAUGCAAAUUAUAAUCAACCUUGUGCAUAUUGCUAUAUGGUAUUUAAUAGUAGAGAAGAUAUGAUAAGUCACGGGAAAAAGCACUUAAAUAAGGGUUCAUAUUUAUGUCUUUUGUGUAACAACAAAAGAUGGAGUGAUGAAAAACAUUUAGAAAACCAUUUGCGGAAACACGCAGAAACAGUCCAGCAUUGUACAGUUUGUCCAGUCUGUGAUGAAAUUUUAAAAACGCCCCCAGAAGUGGCGAGUCAUUUGCGGGAGGAACAUAAGUUGUUUUUUAAAGUGGAUAGUUUCACAAAGCAAUCUAAGGAAAUCGUUACCUGCCAUUUCUGCCAUGACUCAUUUGCUAAGGAUAGUGAACUUCAAGAUCAUUUGAAAUUGAAACAUCAAAUAGACAGUGUGAAACGUCAUACUUCUACCGAGAAUGAAGACAAAGACAGUGAUAAUGUGUGUAAAAAAUCCCGCAUUGAGGGAAAUGUCUGUACUAAAUGUAACUACCAUUCAACUGUGCGGGAAGAUUUCAAGAAGCACAUACUCUCUCAUAAAACAAACAAAAGUACUUCUCAGUGUCAGGAAUGUGGACAAUGUUUUGUAGUAGAACCGGCAUUAGUUAAACAUUUAAGAAUCGCUCAUAAAAUUAGUGAUACCAAAAAAUACAUUGAGGAAGAAGGUACAAACUGCAUGCCUGAUUUUGAAAAUCCUACUGAAGUUUCUACUUGCAAUUCUCUCAUUUGCAAUGUUUGCUUUACAACAUUUUCCAAUGAAUCAUCCCUCAAAACUCAUAUGCGAAGCCAUGGUAUGGCUUUCAUUCAAGCUGCAAAAUCAAAUAAUACUUAAAUUGUGUUAUUUAAAUCAUUCCAUUAUAAUUAUUCUAUCUCUAUUUUUUUUUUUUUUCAUUAGAUUUUGUUUAAAUUUUAGUUUUAGAUUAUUAUAAAUUUUUUUUGCAUAUAUUUCUUUCAAAUGCAAUUUUAGAGAAAUUUUAAGAUUGCAAUAAGUAGAUGUACGAUAAUUUGACAGGGUGCGUAGCUCUUUUACAAAGUGCGUAGUGCUUUUACAAAGUGCGUAAAGGUGCUUAAUUUUGAUUUACGUUUUUUAAAAGCCCUUUAAGGUGCCUUUUUUAUUCGGGGUUUGUAAAAAGUGCUUAAUUUUCAAUCUUUUUAAAAAGAGAUUUUUUCUUUACCCUGUCGAUUGUCAUUUUAAAUUACAAAAAUUGGAUGAUUUUGACAAUUUUCUCUGCAAUAUUUAUCAGAAACUAGUUAUUUUAUAAUGAAUAUAUGAAGUUUUUGAAAAUUUUUUUGAAUUUUAUUGAUUUUAUGUUUAUAAAUUUUAAGAACUUGAAACAAUAGAAAAAGAUGAUUAUAAUUACUGUACAGGUCCUAAUUAUGAAUUUUUUUUUUUUUAGGAAAGUGUUUAAAAAUAUUUUUUUAGUGCUUAAAAAGUACUUAUGAGGUGCUUAUUUUUUGUUGAAAAAUCUGGCUACGCACCCUGUUUGACUAUAACUGUAACACAUUCUAUAUUUUAUUUCAUGUUAAUGAAUCUCAACUUUCACCCCACUUUAACUCAAUUUUUAAUAAAGCCGACUUGAUCUCUUAUAGCUAAACUACUAAGCAAAAAAUAAAGUAAAUAACCACGACCAAGGAAGAAACAAUUUCUUCCCUUUUUUCUUCAAAUCUAUCCAUAAUCACCAAUCCUCUUGAAUAAGUUAAGACAGUGGGAGAGUAAAUCUUUGGUGAAUGAGUAGGCUUGUUUCCUUUGUCAGCAUCAAUGAUGCUCUAUAUUGCUUUGAAAUUCGGCAAUGUAGGUUUUCAAACUUAUUUAUUUAAAUUUUACCAAAAUUUAGUUCUGCUUUGUGUUAGAAUUCGACUCUAAAAGAUGUAUAAGAGAAAGUUAAAAACUCUUAACUUAGAAGUAAAAGUGAAUCUUCGUGAUUUGAAAUCCAACCAAUUACAAGAAAUAGCAUUGAAAUGUGCGAAUUCCUCUAAACACCCUAUUAACAAUAUUAAGAGAAAAAUAAAAUGUCAUUAAAUGUGAUUUUAUCAGUUUGCUAUUAAAACGAUAAUUAUAAUUUAUUUUUUUUUUUUAAAUUUGGAAACCGAAACUGUUGAAUUUCUGAUAGUUUGAAUUUUUUGUCUGACUCAAUUAGAUUAAAAGUUAUCAUGUAUUGACUGGACCCUUGUUUUUGUGGUCAAUUUUUAUUUGUAGAAAAUGCAUUUUCUUUAACAUUAAAAAAGGAAAUUAUUUUUAAUAUUUAUUUGUUGUUUUAUCUUUAAUUUACAAAUGAAUUUUGAAUUGUAAGGUAUAUAAAUUUUUUGCUCCAAAUUAAUCUACCUAAUUUUAAAUGACAAAAUCAAGAAAUUUAAAAAGAAUUAAAAGAAAUCAGUUGCGUUCUUGAAAAAAAAUUUGGUUUCUUUGACAUGCUGGACACACAAAAUUGACAUUCAUGAAGAAAAAAAUUAAAUAAAUUUGUUUUUUGAAACCAGUGGUAUACUUUGAUAAAAAAGGAACUAAAAAUUCAUAAAAAAUAAACAAAUAUUUAAAAAAUUAUGAUAAUAGUUGGUAUUAGACAUUCUUUAUUAUUGUUUUAUUCUAGUAUUUAUCGUGAAAAUAAAAGUCUUCUUACCUUUAAUGAUUCCAAUUACCGGGUAUUUAUGUUGUAAUUGAAAAAAAUUAUCUUGUUACGUUUUAAAAAUGUUAACUAAAUGUAUCCCUGUAUAUGUUCUCUUCAAUUUUUUAUUCAUGUGCUAACUUUGAAUUUCAUAUCUAUGCUCUUUUGUUUUGUUAUAACUUAGACAUUCUUUAUGUUUUCCUUAUGUUAUUACUCAUUGCAUUGUAAAAUUUUGUGAAAAUGCUCUUAAAUACAUGAGUAUAGCAAGAAAACCUCUAGUAUAAUGGAUAUUGUAAACUGUAUUUAAACUCAAUCUCAUAUGUUGAAAUGAAUGUAUUUAUUAUGAAGGUUAUGUUUUUAGUAUCUAAAGUGUUGACUGUUAUGCUAUUUGAGAUGUGUACAUGAACUCUCCAGGUAAACAUAACGCUUUGCCAAAUGGAGUUCCUGAAAUAUUAUUUGCUUAUUCUCACUUUAUAUUUUUCAAGACUAAAGGGAAAAUUAUUGACAUUAUAGGCACUUUUAUAUAAAUAUAUAUUAUGAUAUAGAUAAAUAUAUUUAUGAUAUCCAUUUUAUUAGAUAAUUUUUGUUAACCCCUGCAUUUAUUUAAAAUAUCUACUCAUGUCAUUUCUUUCCCUUUAAUUUCUCCACAAAUUUACCAUUUAAAUUCAUUUUAAUAAUUAAAAAAAGAAUUCUUACUGCUGUUUGUUAAUCCCAAUUACUUACCUCCUCUUUUGAUUGGAAGUAAGUGACUUGUGCACCAAUUUUCCUCUGUUCCUCUUAAGAUAGUUUGGUUAUUGUUUUGCAUGAGUCUGUGUGCAUCAAUAAUAAUCAGUGCAUCAAAUUUUUUACCUGAAUAUCUUAUGGUUUUUAAGUCUGGUGAGAUCUUUAUCUUUGUUAAAUCAGUGUUCUCAAAACUCAGUUUGGUAUAUUGGUCUAAUAUUACUCUACCCUCUUACUUAAACUUUAAUUGAAUAAAUCUAUUGUUUUUAAGAUUUUUCUAUUAAUUUUUCCUAUAACAUCCAAAAUUAAUACAGUCAACCUGAAAGCUUAUAUUACCUGUAUGCUCCUCAAGUGCUUUACCUUCUAAUAAGCAUGGGUUACAUUUUUCUAGUUUAAUGCAUACCAAGUUCUAUCCCAGGUAGUGGCCCUAUCAGCUUGUCUGGGAUGUAAAGCUGGACAGCGUGAAAUGCAAACCAUGUUGCCACUAUUGUGUUGCUAUUUUGCAAGGAUUAGCUGUUGCAGAAAUUUUUUAGUUAGCUUCUUUAAAUAAUCUGUCUUUCUUUUAUUUUGUUCUUUUCCCUUGUAUUUAGUGAAAGACUUAGUUUUAGUACAGUUUUAAUUUGUUACUCUGCGUUUGCAAUGCUUGUGUUUCUUACUCUAUAACUUCUUCUGGCUGUAAUGCUAUUAACCUUUAAAUUCAAUCCAUUUGUACACUAUCUAUUAGUUUAGUUGUUAUAAAUUAAAACUCAACAUCAUUAAUCAAUGUUGUAUUACAUUUAAUGCAACUAUCAGAUUAAACUAUUAGACUAAUAUUAGAUUAAAUUUUUUACUUGAUGAAAUUGUUUCUAUUAUACAGUCCAGUUACAUUAAUAUGACCACCUGUCUAAGUCAGCCAGAAUAACCACUUUUUGCAGAGCAGACCACUGAAAGGUUCUUGAAAGUGUUCACUGGUAUGUUUAGCCAUGCCGACUCCAGGGCAUGUUCAACCUAAUCAAGGUAGUCCUACAGAUUGUUUUAUUUAUUUAAGUUCACGGAGCUUGGUAGCCAGAGACGUAAGAUAAACUAAUCCUGGUUCACAUGUUUCUGAUUUUGGAUGGUGCGAUUUUGACAUUUACGAUAUACUUUCACCACGCCGUCACGUGAGCAGUUUUCAAAAUGAGCCAUUUCGGAAAUGCAUCUAUCCUUGGCUCAAAACAAAUUAUCAUGUCUCUUUGGUCAUCUGAUAAAUUGGUCCUUUUCUAGGUGAUGCCAAUUAUUGUAGUGUUCCUUGGACACCCUUUAUGUAACAGAAUGUGUAGCGUUUUUAAAAAGUGCUUAAAGGUGCUUAUUUUCAUUUUUUAAAAGCCCUUGAAGGUGCUUUUUUCCAUGGAUGUUUUUAAUAAGUGCUUAAUUUUCCCUUUUCUGAAAUGUGAUAUUUUUCUUUACCUUGUUGAUUUUCGCCUCAAAUUAUGUAAAAAGACAUUGCCCUAUUCAACGUUUUCACAAUUAAUUCAACCCCAAUUUAUUUCAGCUUACCGCCAGUCUGUAGUGUAUGAAAAGCACCAUUUGUAUUACAUGUUUGAUUAAAUACUUGCGAGACCGCACUUAAACUGAGGGACCGCACGUAAACUGAGCUGGAUUCAGUGGUAACGAUUUUUGACUCUCAUGUGCAACCCUGCUGCAUUUUGCAAGAGAUUCUCAAUUUCAGACUUCAUUUUCCGCCCUCUGUAAUAGAAACCAAAAAAUUCUAAUUUUUGCUGAUAGCUGGUAGCAACUAAACAUUGUCAAUUUUUUUUUCUCUAUUAAUGAUAGAAAAUUUCAUCUCUCUUGUUAAUUUCAUCGUGUGUGACGUGCCAUCGUUUUCGUCGCUGUAAAUAAAACCAUCAAUUGUCAAAACUUGCCAACCCUGUCUAAUGAUAUUUUUCAAAGUGCUUGAAAAGUUCUUAUUUUUUGUUGAAAAACUUGGCUAUGCACCCUGUAUGAGCUGCACUGCAAUGUGAUUUCUUCUGUGAUUGGUUAUUUCACAUUGAUCCCGAAAUUUGGUGGUGGACAUUAAUGUAACUAGACUGUUUAUUUGGAAACUGAACAGCAUCAUAUAAGAUAAGUUUCCUUUACAUGCAAAAACAUUGCAGCGACAUCUAUCGAAAUGCAAUCUUUAAUAAUAUAUGUGUGUAGAAAGAUAAAUUGUUCACGAUAAGUUGGAAAUUAUCAGAUUCUUGCUUCUUUUUCAGUAAUUUCUUUUAGAAUAUUUUUCUUAUAAAAUAUGUAUAAUUUAUUGUAUUUUCAGUAAAAAAUUUUAUGAUUUGAAAGAGGCUAGUUCAAAUUUUUUCUUUAUUGUUUUAAAUAAAAUUAGUUUAUUACGAUUUCUUUAAUACUGUGUAUUUUUUAUGAUAAAAAUUUUGUUAAUUUUUAUAAUAUCUUAUGAAUAUCAUAAGAAUUUAAUUAUGCUGUGCAUAUAACUGAAAUUACAUAAUUGUUAAAUUACCGAUUGUGUUCAACAUUUGAAAAAUGUUGAAUAUGUCUUGUAUAUUUGUAAAACGUACUAUAAAAUUGUUUAGUACUUUUAGAAAAUAAAAUACAUUUAUUUUUUUU